AUGCAACAAUGUAUCCUUUUCCCCUUAUCGUCCCAAGUCACCCCUCUUGGUCGUCAUCCGUUGUCUUCCCAUCCACCUUUCUACUACCCUUUCGCCAUACAAUCGCCCUUUCGUCUUUACACCCCUUCGCCCAUAUCUCAUUCUCCUCUUUCUCCUAUUGUGCUGCUUGCACCGCACACAUAUCUCCUAAUACCAUUACACGUAAUCCCGUCCCGGGCUAUUAACUGCAGUCGCUGUCAUCGUCUUUUCCGGACGGCGGUGCCACUUGCCAGACGUCUGUCUUGGAUCAGCCCUCGUUUGUUAAUCAUUUAUCCCUUAAUUUACGCUUUUGCCCUAAAACCAUCCGACUAA